AUGUGCUUGCGUUCCCGGCGGGGCGAUGAAGCAGUGAUGACGAUGGCGGCUGCCGAGAGGACCCUCCGGCCUUGGAAACCGGACCCGGGGCAGGCGGAGGGGGAUCGGCCGCCACCGGGGCCGUCGCUGCCCCUGACCCUCACCGUUCUGGCCUGGCUGGGCACGGGCACUACCAUGGCCAGUCUCAACAAAUGGAUCUUCACCACCCACGGCUUCCGCUACCCGCUGCUGCUCUCGUCCCUCCACAUGCUAUCGGGAGUGGCCGUGGGGUAUCCGCUGGGCUGGGCGCGGGGUCCGGCUCCCCCGGUCCCUCGGCCCCGCGUCAGGAUCUACCUGCUCAGCCUCACCUUCUGCACCAGCGUGGCCUUGGGCAACCUGGGCUUGAGCUACGUGCAGCUGGAGGUGGCGCAGGCGGUGGCCACCACCACGCCGCUGGUGACCCUGGUGCUGUCGGGGCUGCUGGGGGGCCGGCGGCACCACCCGCUGCAGUACGUCGCCAUGGGGCCCGUCUGUGCCGGGGCCGCCUGCAGCAUUGCCGGUGGUCUCCGCUUACACCAGCCCGGCUGCGGCUUCCUCCUGGCCGCCACCGUCCUCCGCGCCCUCAAGUCCAUUCAGCAGAGUCUGCUGCUGCAGGAGGACCGCCUGGAUGCCCUGUCCCUGCUCUGCCUGACCUCCCUGCCCAGUUUCUGCCUGCUCUUUGGGGCAGCUGUGGCACUGGAGGUGGGUCCCUCCUGGGAGGGAGUCCUGCGCUACGAUGGCACCCUCUGGGCCUGUGUCCUGCUCAGCUGCCUGGGCUCCGUCCUCUACAACUUGGCCACCUUCUGCAUUCUCUCCCUCACCUCUGCUCUCACCAUCCACGUCCUGGGCAACGUCGCCGUGGUGGGCAACCUGCUGCUCUCCCGCCUGCUCUUUGGUAGCCACCUGAGCGGGCUCAGCUACCUGGGCAUCGGGCUGAUGCUGGCCGGGAUGUUCAUGUACCACCAGCCAGACCUCAUCGCCGCGCGCUGGGCACAGCGGCGGGGGCACAGCCGGCCCAGGCGGGAGCUCUGUGCAUAUGAGCAGGUUCCUGCACACGUGUGCCACUGCGUGCUGUGCCUCUGCACGCCUGCCCCUCUGUGCCCAUGCCAGCUGGGCUGGCUCAGGGACGUGGCUUCAGGCACAGAGCCAGCUGCUGCCCUGCCUGCGGACAAAGAAGCUGCUGGGGGUGCUGCUAGUGGUGUUGUCCCCACCCUGUCCUCCCAGCCACAGAGCUCCAGCUCCAGCCCCAUCCCUCCCGGCUCGCAGCGAUGGCGAGAGCCCAGCAAAGGCGUUGGGAACAGCUCAGACCCGGCCACCAGCGCUCCAGGAUGGCGCUGGGCCGCGGCACGGCUCGCUCUUGCCUUGCCAAAGGGACAUCCCAGCGUGCGUAUGCCCGGCACCGACGCUGGCACCGUGGCACACGGCGUCCGUGUGGCUGCUGCAGCGCUUUUCGUGCCCGUGCCGGGGCCAACGGACCCAGCUCUGAUUGCACUUGUCCCAAAAAUAAAGCUCUAUUUUUGUUGUACUCCAUCCUUGGCUCCUGAGGCCAUCUCCCGCCCGGCGUCACGGCAAGACAGGAGGAACCACGUGGGAAACGGAGGCACAGGAAUGUCGCAGGGUGUCCCAGCUGCCUAG